AUGCCCUGGCGACCUCUUCCUCGGAUUGCAUUCGCUGUCGCAAUCUAUCCCUUCCAGCCUUCGUCUCCCGCGGACCUCCCACUAGAACUUGGCGAUGAACUUUACAUAAUUGAACAAGGAGGGGCUAAUGGAUCUUGGUAUCGGGGUUAUCUCGUUGCGCCUCCUUCACUACUGGCGGGCUUAACCAGCGUGAAGGGGCGCACGCUCGAGGCAAGGGUAUUCUCAGGAAUCUUUCCCAAAAAUUGCGUGGAGGUGCGAGAGGUCCUAGGUGAUGUAGACGGGUCAAGAGACGGCAGAUUGAGCACUCAGCUCCCUCCAAGAAAAUAUGCUGGCUCGAGAACCAGCACCGCAUCCCCUGACAGUUUUUCCCUCACGGAUGGCAGGACGCUUGCCACUAGCGUAGGUGACCUUAAAGCGUCGCGGAAGAUAUCCCAAAUUACAAUUAUAAAACUAGAGGAAAAAGGAGGUAGCCGACGAUCUGUGUCCCCUUCUUUGCCAUUGACACCGAUAUCCUUAGGCCCCCGUGACCCUAGCGCUGUUAAACCACCUGCCCCUGUCCCCAUGCUGAAAAUUGGUGAUGAAACGCCCACUUCGGCCGCAGAGCCUCUCGUGGACGAAAUCGCGUCAUGUUUACGGGAAUGGCAUUCUACAAAUAUACACCAACUCCUCUUGACUCGACAAUACACGACUCUUGAGAAUAUGUCGAAUAUUGUUUUAGAACUAGACCUUGCACGACGACAGUUGUUGCACAAUGUCCUAACAGCGCAAGAGCGUGCGGCCUUGCGAGAAGAAACUGUGUGGAAUCUCGUCCGGGGAAAUAAAAUGCUGAGCGGGGAAGUGGUUGUUCGCGAUCCAAAACAACGAGGCCGCUUGCUUACUGGAGACGAUUCAGCGGUGGAAUUGACCAAGCUUCAAUCCGAAAUGAGCAUGCUUGAUCGUGGACUUACUCCUCUACUCGAUAAUAUCUCUCUCCAUCAUCUGCUUCUUGAAGUGAAUGCAGUUUCCGGGACGGAUGCUGGUUCGAUCACUCUCGCCGCCAGUCUAUGGUUGAAACAAGCAAAUGGAGAUAUACGACAACUUUCAGAAACCUACUCUUUAGACCUGCCGACCGCUGAAACUUUCGCUACGUUGGUUAACAACACUAAGUUGAAGACCCUCUUUACGGACUUGAGUGCUACUGAUAUUGGAGAAGGAUCUAACUCCGAUUCGAAGCUGUACCUUGUCAUCAAGGCCUUGGGAUCUGAGUCACCUAGGAUCAAUGCACCACCAAAAUCUCGGUCAUCGAGCUCCCGUGAUGGGUCCUUAUCAAAUAAAGUGGCUUCGGGUAUCAAUAGCGCCGGAAAAGGUAGCUUGAAGGCCAGGCGUAGUAUGAUGUGGGGCGCCAAAUCUAGAGGUUUAGGUCCUGAAAUUGGAAAAGAGCAAUCAAGACAUCCACCACAGUCGAGCGACUCGGUUACAGCCAAGCCUAGCGAAACUGAUACCCCCGGUAAAGAGCGCACAGUUAUCAGAGUAGUGGGGCUUGGAGCACUGGAUAUAAGCGCCAUAGCCAAGCAAGGUAGGGAGGUCGAGCAGGUCGUUAAUAUCUGGUCCCCCCUUCGUGCAAACGAUGAAGAGGAUGACUACUCUGAUGGCUUCGAUGAGAUCGUACGGUCCCUUCUCUAUAGUCCGACAAAACAGUAUGUGAGAUCGCUUCGCGCGGCAAGGGUCCAUGUACAGCUCCACCCAUUCACUAGCGAAGAUGCUGAGACGCUUGUACGAAACAACCCUACUUCCCUCCAUAACGUCACACACACAAAACGAAUUGGAUUUUCCGGAGCGCCAACUAAACCAAGAUCCGAUAUCUACGUCACGAUUAAUCGAGCAACCAUCUCACAAGAGGCCCUGCUUUCUCAUCCGAUCAACUGUCAGGUUCCGGUCCCGCAGGUUACAGGUUUACGGAACCUCCAGUUGACCCUCGAAGUCCGUAAUACGGCAGGAGUACGGAUUGAACAUUGUAUCUACCCUUCCUCCAACGGACCAGGCCAAACUGCGUGGAGAACUACUGUUGCAGAGAGAGGCGUCCCUUGGAACCAAACGAUUCGAUUGAACAUUCCCCCAGAUCAAGUCCCCACUGCGCAUCUUGUUAUGAGCAUAGCUGAUGCUCCUGAGUUUCCCUUUGCUUUGAGCUGGAUGCCUCUGUGGGACCAACAAGCAUUUAUUCGUGACGGCCCUCAUUCCUUGUUAUUGCAUGCUUACGACAAGUCUACUUCAAACAUUGAAAAUGGUCGCGGCGCAUAUUUAUCCCUUCCCUGGAGUGCACUUGGAAAGAACGAAUCUACUAAAGACGAAGCUGUUACUGGUCCUCUAGCAACACUGUCCCUAGAAACGGAUCUCUGUAGUACAGAAUACUCACAGGAUCACGUAAUUUUGGGCCUCAUAAACUGGCGAGAACGGUCGCCAACGGAGGUUCUGGAACUUUUAAAAAGAAUCGUUUUCGUUCCAGAAAUUGAAAUCGUUAAACAACUUCGGGAUGUGUUUGACGCUCUCUUUGGGAUUAUUGUGGAGAAUUCUGGAAAUGAAGAGUAUGAAGAUCUAGUUUUCAAUGACUUGGUCACUGUCCUUGGUAUUGUGCAUGACCGUCGAUUUAACCUUGGGCCUUUGGUCGACCACUAUGCCGAAAAACACUUCAACUUCCCGUUUGCUACUCCAUGUCUGAUUCGAAGCUAUUGCCGCCUUCUUCAAGCGACACCGGAUUCACAGCAAUCUCGUAACCUUCGUGCUGCCUUCAAAGUUGGACGACAUAUUCUAAAAUUCAUCAUUAACGCCAGGGAACAACAGAAAGCAAAGGAGGAAGGCAUCGGCAUCACAAAGGUUCAAUCGACCUUCAACCGGGAUUUACAUUUCAUCUUUAAGUCUGUGGAAGCUCUCAUGCAAAACCCUGCUCCUAUACUGGUCGGCAGCAAGACUCUGGUUGUACAGCAUUUUCAUACAUGGUUGCCCGAACUUUCAAAUGCGCUGACCAAGGAAGAAAUCAUUAAUAUUGCUGUGAGCUUCAUGGAUUCUUGCGAGGAUGUCAAGAGCAUGCUUAUCCUUUAUAAGUUGGUUUUGAUCCUUAACUAUAUCCGGCUUCCCCUGUUCGAGAGCCCAAAAGAUAGAGAAGCGUUAUUCUCUCACUGUGUCGACUGGCUCUCUCCAUACUGGGGACAGACAGACGAUGCUACUGACCAGUAUCGAGACCAGGUUCGACUCUGUUCGUCAAUUGUAGCGGAGCAACUAAAGCAUCCGUCCCCCGAAAUGUACGCAUACAUGCCCAAGGCUGUAGCAUCAUAUUGUGCUCUUGUUGCCGAUGGUGUCGAGGGAACGAAUUGGCUAUCAAUGCUGUUCAGCAAAACUUUCCCAUUCCAACUCAAACAGUCCAAUGUGACACAGAAAUUCGAGGAGAGUCUUGUAGAACUUGCAGCCAUUAUUGCGUCGCUCGCAACAAUACCCAAUCCGACCCCGCUAUCGUUGAAGGGCGAUGACCUAGCCUUGUUCUUGUCACAGGCGCUCGAGACCCAUAAAUCCAUCCUUAGCUGUGAAGCGUACCCUUCAACGUGGCUGAGUCUACAUAUUUAUCAUCACCGAUCGACCAUGAAAAGUCUAGAAUAUCUAUUAACGAUGCUGAUCAGCUCUUUUCUUCCCACGCCAGACGACGCGGAUAAUUUUGACAUGGAGCUAUGGAAAUUAUUUCUCGAGACUCUUCUGAAACUCGUCUCAAGUGAUGCGCUCACCCUCGAGACAUUCCCAGAGCAAAAGCGUCGAGCCGUGUGGAAAAUUGCCGGUGAUGUGCGCGAGCACGGUGCUGAUUUGUUACGGAGAGCAUGGGAAGCAAUCGGUUGGGAUACAAGUUCGGAAGAACAAGAGCGCUAUCUCGUGAAAAAGCUGGGCGGGUACCAAGUUCAAUAUGUCCCUAGCCUCGUUUGUCCUAUUAUCGAACUCUGCCUCAGUGUCCAUGAAGGUCUCCGGCAUGUCGCCGUUAUGAUCCUGCAGACAAUGAUCGUUAGCGAAUGGCAACUCAAUGAAGAUCUUUCAUUCGUGGAAGCUGAGAUAAUCUCCAGUCUAGACCUGUUAUUCAAAACAAAGAAUGUCAGUGAGAGUGGGACUCAGAAACUGUUUAUCAACGAGCUGCUGGACGUUUUUGAAAUAAACUCUUCAAAUCCGGAUGCAGACCUCCUUGUGGCGUUGAAAGAACUCGUUGCAACUGUCGACGAAUUGCUGGAUCUUUUGGUUGCAUCUCAAAAUGGUAAUAUCACGGGGAGCCUCAAUACCCUGAAGCUUAUGGAGUUUAUGAAAGACAUGGAAAAGGAGGAUAUAUUUAUUCGAUACGUGCACGAGCUUGCUCUUGGACAAAUUGCGGCGCGUAAUUACACUGAAGCAGGCCUUGCUCUUCAGUUCCACGCGGAUCUUUAUGACUGGGAUAUCUCCAAGCGGGUACCUGCGCUGACGAACCCCGUUUUCCAAGAACAGACGUCCUUUGAGCGGAAAGAGGCUUUGUAUUUUGAAAUCAUUCAACAUUUUGAGGAUGGCAAAGCUUGGGCACAUGCACUCUCUUGCUACCGGGAACUUGCACAUCAUUACGAGCACACCGUACUUGAUUUUUCCAAACUUUCAAGAACCCAGGCAUCGAUGGCAAAGAUUUACGAUGCCAUUGUCAAAGACAACAGUCCAUCUCAAAGAUAUUUCCGUGUUACAUUCAAGGGCCUUGGCUUCCCGGCUACCCUCAGGGAUAAGCAAUAUAUUUUCGAAGGGUCUCCGACUGAUAGGAUGGCGACGUUCACUGACCGUAUGCAAAAACAAUACCCAGCCGCCCAUAUCGUGUCUUCGGAUGAUAUAGACGAUCUUGAGGGACAAUUCUUGCGAAUUUCUGCUGUCAGUGUACAAAAAGAUAUGACUCACCCUGUCUACCAGCGAUCUAAGGUGCCCUAUUCAGUCCGAGAACAUUUGCUAUCCUCAGUGCCUUCCCAAUUUUCAAUAACCUCCAAACGACACACCAGUGGAAAUGAUGUGAAGGAACAGUGGGUCGUCAAAACUGUUUUCACAACAGCUGAACCCUUCCCGAAUAUACUUCGGAGAAGUGAAAUCAUCUCGGCGGAGGAAAUAGCCCUUACCCCUCUCCAAACAGCAAUUGAGCGAACCUGGCGCAAAACCCAGGAGCUCAUGAUACUUGAGAGGCAAGCCUCGUCUGGGGAGGACUUCAAUUUGACAGGCUUAACAGAAGUUCUAAGCCGCCUUCUUGAUCUUGAGUCAUCUCCUUCAAGCUGUGUUGCGCUUUAUCGACAAUUUAUAGUAGACGAGAGUAAAGCCUAUAUGAAUUCAGAAGAUGGCGGGACUGAGGAGCAGGCUCCACAUCCCGCCAACCCUCUGAACAACGCAAUGGCCGUUGCUUUGAUCGAUCAUACUCUUGCACUGAAACGUUGCCUCGCACUGUACAAUCGUCCUGCUUACCAAGCUACCCAGGCGGAACUUAGCAGCCGUUUCCAGGUCGUGUUUGCCCCAGAGGUUGCCUCUCUUACUCCUGUCUUCAGUGCUCCUGAAAGUGGAGAACCUCUUAGCCUUCUUAGCAGUCGCCCUGAACCGCUAAUUGCUCCUCGACCACAGCCUUUAACCCAACCCCGUUCCACCAGCCCCGAACAGGAACUCAUCCGCAGUACGCGUCGGUUUGAAACCCCUUCCGCUACUAAUAAAUCCCACGAGAAAACCAUCACCACCCACCGGAUCAGUCUGAAUCCUUUCAAACGUUCCAACCAUUCCGCCACUAACUCAAACUCUACAAUCACUGCCUCUACCAUUAACGAGGCACGACGGCAAUCCGAAUCUAAGCUGAACGGCACCCACACAUCGCGCCCGUCGACUGCAAAAACGGAGGCCACGGAUCCCGUAUCCGUCGGACUCAGCCGCUCUGCAAGCCGUCGGUCACGCAAUAGGAACCGCGACUCCGGGUCAAAGCGACGUAGCUGGUUUGGUGGUGGCGGUGGAAUCGAUGUGCGCAAGAAUAGCUUAUCGGUCUCUGCGCCUGCGACUUCUACUGAAGAUAUUCGCACAACACAGCAACGGAUAACAGAACGUGCGCGAUCUUCUCGAUCACAGGAUGAGAAAAAUGGCAAUAUUGCCCCCCAGCCAUCUAAUGCGGAGAACAACGACAACGUUGGUGUCAGUAACAGCAUUAGCAAUGCCGCUACAAAAGUGAGCCAACUUACUCGAGCGGUAUCGAAUGCAGGCCGUGGAACCAAGAGCAGCAGCAAUAAUAAAAACAAUUCUACGAUCGCGAGUGCGAGUUCCAAUAAUAACGGUCGUCCGGUCACGUCGGAACGGCUUGUUACAAAAGUGACAAUGCCGGUGCCGACGACUAUGACUACGACGGUUCAAAAUAACAAUAGCAAGCAUACCGUUUAUAAUUCCCACGGAGCGAAUGUUGGCGCCACGGUGACAGCAGAUGUUGCCGCUGCUGCAUCUGUUGCUGAUAGUAACGGUGGUGGUGGAGUUCGAGAUUCAAUGAUGAAGCGACUCAGCAUGUUGAAAGUUGGGAGGAAGACGAGUCGAUAUAAUGUGCGGGAUGGAGUUAGGGCCGGUGAGGUGUUGCGAGAGGAGUGA